UGAACUGCACUACCUGAGCCACUUGUGUGGGUUGUAGACUCCGUCUCAUGCUACCACUAGAGUGAGAGCACCGCCAGCAUUCAAAAGUGACCAAAACAUCAGCCAGGAAGCAUAGGAACUGAGAAGUGGUCUGUGGUCACCACCUGCAGAAUCACUCCUUUUUUGGGGGUGUCUUGCUAAUUGCCUAUAAUUUCAACCUUUUGUCUAUUCCAUUUGCACAACAGCAUGUGAAAUUUAUUGUCAAUCAGUGUUGCUUCCUAAGUGGACAGUUUGAUUUCACAGAAGUGUGAUUGACUUGGAGUUACAUUGUGUUGUUUAAGUGUUCCCUUUAUUUUUUUGAGCAGUGUAUAUAUAUAUGAAAAAGGAGCACACAUUGAACAAUUAGUGCAUGGCUUUAACAAUAUGUUGAAAUGGUGAUAAUUGAUUUAUUUAUGGUCGUUUUUUUUAAAACAAUAAAUCGAGCUGGGGGGAGAGACGCGCGCCAUGCGUUCCAAACAGGUGUUGUUCCUGGGCGGGAGUCGCGUGGCUAUUUUCCCGCCCUUGACUGUCGGAGAUGAAAGGCCAACAGUUAAAACCGCCCCGUAUCCAUUAGUAACCAGUAUCCAUUAGUAACCAGUGAAGCGUUAGUCACACAUUUGGUCGACAUUUUAUUUAGCAGCCGCUUUAAAUAGAAGAGAUGUUUACCUUUCACAGCUAAGUGCGUAUUGCGAGUCAAAUGUACUUUAUUGAAGUGUCGAUACUCUGUAAAACUUCAAAGUGUGUCACGUUAAAGGGCGUAACUUUGGAAAAGAGCCUUUAUAUUUUGGUUGAGGACAAGAUUCGCUCUUCAGUGGGUCAUUAUCUCUCUCUCCCCCCCCAGCAAACUGACCCGUGUCAAGACACACCGCAACAACCCACGAUGCUGACUUUACUCCAGCUGAUAAAUGUAUUAUUGUUGACCAGCAUUGGCUCCACUGAUGCAGAGAAACUCUUCCACAGUCGGGAUCAUUCCGAUCUACAGAUCUCCUCCUCUCACCAGGCUGAGUUCAUAACAGACAAGGAUACUGCAGAGCUCUUUCUCUCAAGGUAUGGCUUCAUAAGACCAGUGAACUGGGAGGAGCUCCAGUUUGAAGAAUCAACAGGCAUUUCUAACGAUGAAGACUUUCCUGGCGAGGAAGACCUAUCUGGGAUACAGGAGGGAGACUCAUCGUUGUCACGUGCAGAGACUGAUGAUGGCGAUGAUGAUGAAGACUCUCCAAAUCCCACUGAAAGCCAAGCCUUCAUCUCAGCUCUCAGAGAGUUCCAGAUGGUGUCCGGCUUGUCUGUCACAGGGCUGUUUGAUGACGCCACCAAGGCUGCCAUGAACAAGCCUAGAUGUGGGGUCCCGGAUAAGGAGACUGAUGAUGCUACUGAUGAAGUACACAACUCCACCAACUCAGCACUUGGAAUCAACACAGACACCUCGCUAACUAAGAACACAGACACCUCGCUAACUAAGAACACAGCCACCUCGCUAACUAAGAACACAGCCACCUCGCUAACUAAGAACACAGACACCUCGCUAACUAAGAACACAGACACCUCGCUAACUAAGAACACAGACACCUCGCUAACUAAGAACACAGACAACUCGCUAACUAAGAACACAGACACCUCGCUAACUAAGAACACAGACACCUCGCUAACUAAGAACACAGCCACCUCGCUAACUAAGAACACAGACACCUCGCUAACUAAGAACACAGCCACCUCGCUAACUAAGAACACAGCCACCUCGCUAACUAAGAACACAGACACCUCGCUAACUAAGAACACAGCCACCUCGCUAACUAAGAACACAGCCACCUCGCUAACUAAGAACACAGCCACCUCGCUAACUAAGAACACAGACACCUCGCUAACUAAGAACACAGACACCUCGCUAACUAAGAACACAGACACCUCGCUAACUAAGAACACAGACACCUCGCUAACUAAGAACACAGACACCUCGCUAACUAUGAACACAGACACCUCGCUAACUAAGAACACAGCCACCUCGCUAACUAAGAACACAGCCACCUCGCUAACUAAGAACACAGACACCUCGCUAACUAUGAACACAGACACCUCGCUAACUAAGAACACAGACACCUCAGAAUACUCUAACAAAACAUUCAGUGGUGUUUUAAAUGGCUCUGCUACUAAUUACACAGGGGACAUUAGCAUAUUCACUGACCUUUCUAAUGGCACUGAUGGAAACUAUACAGAGACUGACAAUACAUUCAGUGACAUUUUUAAUAGCACUAUUAGUACCUACAAAGAUGACAUAUCUGCCAGUAGCACAACAGAAUAUUAUGACCCAGUAGGUGAUACUCUCAAUGGUUCUGCUAUAAACAACACAGGGAAUAACAGCAACACACACAGUCACACAGUGAACAACCCUACCACUGCUACUGACAGACCUCAUCAGAGCCCUCUUCCUACCACUGCUACUGACAGACCUCAUCAGAGCCCUCUUCCUACCACUGCUACUGAUAGACCUCAUCAGACCCCUCUUCCUACCAUUGCUACUGACAGACCUCAUCAGAGUCCUCCUCCUGCCACUGCUACUGACAGACCUCAUCAGAGCCCUCCUCCUACCACUGCUACUGAUAGACCUCAUCAGAGCCCUCCUACCACUGCUACUGACAGACCUCAUCAGAGCCCUCUUCCUACCACUGCUACUGACAGACCUCAUCAGAGUCCUCCUCCUGCCACUGCUACUGACAGACCUCAUCAGAGCCCUCCUCUUACCACUGCUACUGAUAGACCUCAUCAGAGCCCUCCUCCUACCACUUCUACUGACAGACCUCAUCAGAGCCCUCCUCCUACCACUGCUACUGACAGACCUCAUUGGAACCCUCUUCCUACCACUGCUACUGACAGACCUCAUCGGAGCCCUCCUCCUACCACUGCUACUGAUAGACCUCAUCAGAGCCAGAACCCUCCUCCUACCACUGCUACUGAUAGACCUCAUCAGAGUCCUCCUCCUACCAAUGCUACUGAUAGACCUCAUCAGAGCCCUCCUCCUACCACUUCUACUGACAGACCUCAUCAGAGCCCUCCUCCUACCACUGCUACUGACAGACCUCAUUGGAACCCUCUUCCUACCACUGCUACUGACAGACCUCAUCGGAGCCCUCCUCCUACCACUGCUACUGAUAGACCUCAUCAGAGCCAGAACCCUCCUCCUACCACUGCUACGGAUAGACCUCAUCAGAGUCCUCCUCCUACCAAUGCUACUGACAGACCUCAUCAGACCCCUCCUCCUACCACUGCUACUGAUAGACCUCAUCAGAGUCCUCCUCAUGCCACUGCGACUGACAGACCUCAUCGGAGCCCUCCUCCUACCACUGCUACUGACAGACCUCAUCAGAGCCCUCCUCCUACCACUGCUAAUGACAGACCUCAUCAGAGCCCUCUUCCUACCACUGCUACUGAUAGACCUCAUCAGAGUCCUCUUCCUACCACUGCUACUGAUAGACCUCAUCAGAGCCCUCCUCCUACCACUUUUACUGACAGACCUCAUCAGAGCCCUCCUCCUACCACUGCUACUGAUAGACCUCAUCAGAGCCCUCUUCCUACCACUGCUACUGAUAGACCUCAUCAGAGCCCUCCUCCUACCACUGCUACUGAUAGACCUCAUCAGAGUCCUCCUCCUGCCACUGCUACUGACAGACCUCAUCAGAGUCCUCCUCCUGCCACUUCUACUGACAGACCUCAUCAGAGCCCUCCUCCUACCACUGCUACUGAUAGACCUCAUCAGAGCCCUCCUACCACUGCUACUGACAGACCUCAUCAGAGCCCUCUUCCUACCACUGCUACUGACAGACCUCAUCAGAGUCCUCCUCCUGCCACUGCUACUGACAGACCUCAUCAGAGCCCUCCUCCUACCACUGCUACUGAUAGACCUCAUCAGAGCCCUCCUCCUACCACUUCUACUGACAGACCUCAUCAGAGCCCUCCUCCUACCACUGCUACUGACAGACCUCAUCAGAGCCCUCUUCCUACCACUGCUACUGACAGACCUCAUCAGAGCCCUCUUCCUCCAACUGCUACUGACAGACCUCAUCAGAGCCCUCCUCCUACCACUGCUACUGACAGACCUCAUCAGAGCCCUCCUCCUACCACUGCUACUGACAGACCUCAUCAGAGCCCUCCUCCUACCACUUCUACUGACAGACCUCAUCAGAGCCCUCCUCCUACCACUGCUACUGACAGACCUCAUCAGAGCCCUCCUCCUACCACUGCUACUGACAGACCUCAUCGGAGCCCUCCUCCUACCACUGCUACUGAUAGACCUCAUCAGAGUCCUCCUCCUACCACCGCUACUGAUAGACCUCAUCAGAGCCCUCCUCCUACCACUUUUACUGACAGACCUCAUCGGAGCCCUCCUCCUACCACUGCUACUGAUAGACCUCAUCAGAGUCCUCCUCCUACCACUGCUACUUAUAGACCUCAUCAGAGCCCUCUUCCUCCAACUGCAACUGACAGACCUCAUCAGAGCCCUCCUCCUACCACUGCUACUGACAGACCUCAUCAGAGUCAGAGCUCUCCUCCUACCACUGCUACUGACAGACCUCAUCAGCGUCAGAACCCUCCUCCUACCACUGCUACUGACAGACCUCAUCAGCGUCAGAACCCUCCUCCUACCACUGCUACUGACAGACCUCAUCAGCGUCAGAGCCCUCCUACCACUGCUACUGAUAGACCUCAUCAGCGUCAGAACCCUCCUCCUACCACUGCUACUGACAGACCUCAUCACCGUCAGAGCCCUCCUACCACUGCUACUGACAGACCUCAUCAGCGUCAGAGCCCUCCUCCUACCACUGCUAAUGACAGACCUCAUCGGAACCCUCUUCCUACCACUGCUACUGACAGACCUCAUCGGAACCCUCGUCCUACCACUGCUACUGACAGACCUCAUCAGAGCCCUCCUCCUACCACUGCUAAUGACAGACCUCAUCAGAGCCCUCCUCCUACCACUGCUAAUGACAGACCUCAUCAGCAUCAGAUCCGCAUGGCCUCACUGCUGUCUAAGCGGAGGCAGAAGAGACAUGUGGGGAAACGUGCAUGGGGAAACAUGGCAUUCUCCAAAAUGGUGCUGAAGUGGAGGCUGAUAGGGGAGGGUUACAGCAGUCAGCUGACCAUACAGGACCAGAGGCAUAUCAUCAGCCUGGCCUUCAGGAUGUGGAGCGAGGUGUGUCCUCUGGAGUUUGUAGAGGACACGUCCUCUCCCCUGGAGUUUGUAGACAUCAGCCUGGGUUUUGGUACAGGGAGACACUUGGGAUGCAACCAGAAGUUCGAUGGUACUGGCCGAGAGUUUGCUCACGCCUGGUUCCUGGGAGACAUUCACUUUGAUGACGAUGAACAUUUUACUGCACCGAACACUGGCAGUGGGAUCAGCCUGCUCAAAGUGGCAGUGCAUGAGAUAGGCCACGUCCUGGGCCUGCCUCACGUCUACAGUACUGGCUCCAUUAUGCAACCCAGUUACCUGCCCCAGGAAUCAGGCUUCGAGAUCAACUGGAUGGACAGGAAGGCCAUACAGCACCUCUAUGGUAGGAGAGAGACACUGUAUGUGAAAGUUGUGGAACAAUUACCACCUAGUGGACGAAGUAGGAAAAUACUACCUGCCUACCUACUUACACCUGUCUAC